AACAUUGACCCCAUUAGAACUUUUUAGAGAUGUUAAUCUCUCUUUGUAAUAUUGUAUAACAUGCUUCUUGAAGUACGGUAUGGACUCUUUAUUUCAUUCAUAUAUGGACUGAAAAGCCGAAUCAUCUGGAAAACAGAGGGGGGAGAGAGAUGAGCGUGUUCGGAGGAGAUAGCUGGGCGAGAGAGGCGCAGCAGAGGAAGCGAAGGGUGGAGGAUCUGGCCCUGGAAACACUCGAUGAUGCGUCUUCCUACAAGAAGCUGCUCAGCGGCAAAUACGUAUGCCUCCUCUGUCCUCACUCGCCCAUCCUCGAUUCCCCUCUCAUGCUCUCUAUGCAUAGCAAGGGAUCGCGCCACCGUGCCGCAGAGUCCAAGCUAAAGGAAAGAGAGUUGGCGAGACAAGAUGAGGUAAAUAAACGAAUAGCACUGUCAGACUCUUCUGUUGGAACUGCAAACCGUAAUAGCUACCACCAAAAGUUUAGAUCAGUUGGUAAACCAUUGAUUGAACUGUCACAAAAGGCUACUUCAGAGAUACUUUGCAACCAAACUCCUCAGCAAAGUUCCAAUAAUCGGAACAAUGAUGUUCAACUAAUUUUGGAUCGCAUUACAAGUGGGAAUUCAAAUUCGAGUCAAAAUAGCUUUUGUCCUGCAAUUGAAGCAGUUGACAAGGUGAUUGCACAGCAGCAACAUUUGGAUCUCCAGGAGCGCCGAGAGAUGGAACUAAAGUUCACAGCUGCAGGUUGGAAGCGUGAUUGUCAUGGAAAAUGGUUCAGAGAUGAAAAUGUUGAGUUUGAUUCCGAUGAAGAAGAUCCAAAUGUAUGUCUUGGUUGAUUUAUAUUGGAAGACUGUACCUGAUAGACAUACAAUACGAUCCUGAUCAAGACUGUAACUAAUUGGGCAUUCACAAACAGAGUGCUAACUUUGUUACUUUCCAAGAACCUGGAACAGAAAUCUUUUUGUACAGCGAUUUGCCUCGAGGUGAGUUGAUGCGUCCGUGUCAAAAAAUACAGGAAGCCGUAGCAUUCAAUUAACCUAUGUAAGAAGCAGUUGCUCUUGUGCGAUUUUGUU